CUUUUCUCUUAGAUCCUUUGGAAUGAAGGAGUGAAUAAACAGCGAGAGAGGGAAUGGUGGUAUAUCAGAUUGAAAAGCGAAAGUAGGAUUUUGGAGUAAGGAAAGAAAUCGGAAAAGGUAUGGGGAACCAAACUGGUUUUUAAUUUGCUUUUCGUGUUGUUUGGGUGUGGAAGUUGGGUUUUGUUUGUGAGAUUUUUGGUAUAUUCUGUUUUACUAUGCGUUUUCGUCUCCACCUCCUCCCUCUAUCGAAGAAGCACGAUCAGUUUCUGUUUCGACGUAACGCGGUUACCUUCUGUGACGGAGUUCAACAGCCCUCAGACGCCACCAUAGCCAAUCUGGUCCUCGAAUCAGACCCACUCACUCUCUCCGAGACCCUAUUCAAGCCCACAAUCCAAUGGGCGCCCGAGCUCGUGAACAAGGUCUUGAAGCGCCUCUGGAACCACGGGCCCAAGGCCCUUCAAUUUUUCAAACACCUGGACCGCCACCCUGCCUACAUCCACUGCGCCUCGUCGUUCGACCACGCCAUCGACAUCGCGGCCCGCAUGCACGACUACAACGCCGCAUGGGCCUUAGUGGGCCGCAUGCGAUCUCUCCGCCGCGGCCCAACCCCCCGAACCUUCGCCAUCCUCGCCGAGCGCUACGCCGCGAACGGAAAACCCCACCGCGCCGUCAGAACCUUCCUCACCAUGCACGAGCACGGUUGCCGCCAGGACCUGAACUCAUUCAAUACCGUCCUCGACAUCCUCUGCAAAUCGAAGCGUGUGGAAAUGGCGCACUCCUUACUCAAAACGUUACGGUCCAGAUUCAAACUUGAUUGCGUGAGCUACAACAUAAUCGCAAACGGUUAUUGCUUAAUCAAACGCACGCCGAUGGCGUUGCAGGUUCUGAAGGAAAUGGUGCAGCGAGGGAUAAACCCUACGAUGGUCACGUACAACACAUUGCUGAAAGGGUAUUUUCGGAGUAAUCAAAUUAAGGAGGCUUGGGAGUUUUACUUGGAGAUGAAGAAGAGGAAGUGCAAGAUUGAUGUUGUGACUUACACGACUGUGAUUCACGGGUUUGGGGUGGCGGGUGAGGUUAAGAAAUCUCGUAGGGUUUUUGAUGAGAUGAUGAAGGAGGGUGUGGCUCCUAGUGUCGCCACGUGUAAUGCGUUGAUUCAGGUUUUGUGUAAGAAGGAUAGCGUGGAGAAUGCGGUGGUGGUUUUUGAGGAGAUGAUGAGGAAGGGGUUGUGUGUGCCGAAUGUGGUUACUUACAACGUUGUUAUCAGAGGUUUUUGUCAUGUUGGGGACAUGGAAAGGGCAUUAGGGUUUAUGAGAAGAAUGGGGGAACAUGGUUUGAGGUGUUCUGUUCAGACUUAUAAUGUUGUGAUUAGGUACUUUUGUGAUGCUGGGGAGAUUGAGAAGGGUUUGGAGAUGUUUGAGAAGAUGAGGGAUGAGCUUUGCUUGCCCAAUUUGGAUACUUACAAUGUUCUGAUCAGUGCCAUGUUUUUGAGGAAGAAAUCGGAGGAUUUGGUGGUGGCUGGGAAAUUGUUGAUGGAGAUGGUUGAUAGAGGGUUCUUGCCACGGAAGUUUACUUUCAAUAGGGUGUUGAAUGGACUUGUUAUUACUGGGAAUCAGGAUUUUGCGAAAGAGAUUCUGAGAAUGCAGAGCAGGUGUGGCCGUAUUGUUCGGCGUUUGAAAUUGUGAGAUUUUCAAUAGUUGGAUUUGGAACACAACCCACAUGGUUUUUCAGCAGUUGAAAGUGCAUGUUGCAUGGUAUUGGAGAUCACGUUCCUCAUUCUGUAAUUUGGACAAAGUUUCUGUGAUCUGGGGUGGGGAACUCACUGGUGGAUGAUGAACCCACCCUUGCUGAAAAUCAUGCUUUCAGGGUCUUCUCAUCCAGGUUCGUUUCAUUGUUCGAUUUUGAUUUCCUUUUUCCAUUUGUGUUUUUGAACAAAUAAUUAUUUUAAGUGUCGAACUCAAUGUGUUUCUGACACUGUAUGUUGAAUUUCAAGUUUCAAUGUGACAUGUUGCUGAAAAAGUUUUAUUUUAUGAGCAUUUUUCUCCCAUGUUAUCCCAGGAUCUGCAUAUAUAAUACAAGGGUAUGGACUCGGUUUAUUGGCAGAGAUUACUUAGAUAUUUUUUAACGAAAUCGAUAUGUGAAAACCUAGACGAUUGUCAGUGGUUAGGGCACUAGGAAAACGGGAAAAAAUGGUUGCAAAUUUAAGCGGCUAACAAUGUAGUUAGUUAUCAUGUGGCCAUGAGUUACUGUUUUUAAAUUAAAAUUUUAGCUGGUGGAGGUUGUAGGUGCACCAUUUGUUGUGACCGUGAUUUUUUUCAACUUUCAUGGUAGACAUGUUUUAGAUUUUAAGAAAGCUGGAAGGUUGAAAGGUUUAUAAUUAAUUUUGUUACUGUUUAAGAAAAAAGUUGCAUAUAUAAGAGCUUUUGUGAAGAUCAGAGAUGUUAGAUAUGCAAACAACUCCACUUUGAAUUUGAAAUUCUGUUUCAGAGGACAUAAAUUGAAAUUCUGUUUCAGAGGACAUAAGCUUGCUUGUUUAGAAGAUUAUAUACCUUUUUCUCUACAAUAUAAAAUUGAAGGCCAAAAUUCACCAUUAUUCAUAUUAAUCAAUAGGUUGCUAGUUACCCGAUUUUUUAAUAUUACUACAAAUUAGCCAACUAUGAGUGAGUGCUAAGGUAGUGUCUACAAUUUGAUCCUA